UGCCGCCGCCGCCGCCGCCGUUCUUCUAGCAGCCAUGAGCAAAAAGACGCAGGUCUCGUACGUGCCGCCGGCCGAGCCGGCCUUCCUGAGCCGCCUCAAGAGGGAGGUCGGCUAUCGGGAGGGGCCCACGGUGGAGACCAAGAGAGAGCAGCUCCUGGCUCCUGCGGAAGAUGGUGAGAGUGGCAGUGACAAAGAAGAUGAACAACCACAAGUGGUAGUACUGAAAAAAGGGGACCUGACCCCAGAAGAAGUGAUGAAAAUUAAACAGGAAAUCAAAGAUGCUUCAAAAUCAGAUGAAGAACCAGAGCCUGAUGAUGGAAAAAUUGUGUUCAAGAAGCCAAGUAAGCGUUCAUCAGAAGAGAAAUUUUCGGGCCUGACUGCAAGUUCAAGUAAGAAGAAAAAAGAAUCAAAGAAAACUAAGAGGGACUCAACACCCCCUCAGAAUGCAGCUAAACAAAUUAAAAAUAGCAGCCUUCUCUCAUUUGAUGAUGAAGAAAAUGAUGAUUAGGAGUUGUGCAUGGUUUUAUGUUUUGCAUAUUUUCCCUUACAAACAUUAGAGCAAAAAUGAGGUGCAUCUUUUAGGUGGAGACUUAGGGCCUGCUUCUCCUUUUACUCUGGGGUAAAUCCACUGAUGUCAGAGGAAGACUAUAUAAUACUGGUGUGAGGUGAGAGUCAAGCCCUAAUUUUUCAAUUCAGAUGGUACUGCAUGCACAGUAUUUAGGACUGUAAUUUUAAAAGAGAACUUAAAUGUGUGUGCAAAAUAAAAUCCAUACAAAUGGCUGUUUAAGAUCCCAUAUAUUAGCAAAAUACUUGGGUACAUGUAAAACUUAAUACAUUUGCAAACAAAAUACUUUAAAAUCAUUUCCCUCAUUUAAAUUUUUUUUUUCUGUUUACUAAGUGGCCAAAGACCUGAGUUAAUAGUUGUAUAUUUUUGUCCUGUUAGAGUUGACCUCCCGAACAGUCAAAACAGUAUAAAGACUUGGGAGCUAAAAUCUGACCUUAACUCAGUUACAACUUGACAUUUUUUCCCCUAUAUGUAUGGGCUGAAUGAUUGGGUCUGUUUAUUGUAGUCCUUAUGUGUAUGACCCAGCACCUAGUAAAGCCAUGGGAAUUUUGAUUGCUGCCCUCAGUGGAUGCAGAUGAAGCCUGUAAGCACUGACUUAAGUGGAACUGCUCUGUGAUUAAGGGUUACAGGAUUGGAUCCUUACUGAUUUGCAUCAGAUCUUGCACAGGAAAGAAAUCUCUGAACUGUGAAUUUGGAGAUUAUGUAGGGAAAGCCAUUUAGUCCAUUUUGGAUACCAUGGUGAUGGCUAUAUAUUAAAAAAAAAACUGGAUAGAAAGUUUUUUUUUGUAAUUAUGUCUAUGUAUUAGUGAUUAUUUGGGAUCUGACAGCUUGUAAAAUAUUUCAUUUCACCUUUAAGCUAUAGAAAACUGUUUAGAGUAGAAACAUUGUAAGCAGGAACUGUUGGGGAAAGCUGCAGGUUUUAUAAUAUGAGAUAAAAUAAGUCAUUGAAGUUGCAUAGCUGGGACAAUAUCUAAUUUGUCAACUCUUCUACAGUCACACACAGCAGAUGAAAGUGACCGUUCUUAAAUGGUUUACACAAAAAGAUUCAAGAUAACAUUGAGAGCUGAUGUGGUUUCCAACAACAACAAUCCUACUGAAAAUACUAUGUCCUUUGAAACUCUUUACAUAUAAAGAAAAAGGAGUACUGGUGGCACCUUAGAGACUAACAAAUUUAUUAGAGCAUAAGCUUUCGUGAGCUACAGCUCACUUCAUCGGAUGAAGUGAGCUGUAGCUCACGAAAGCUUAUGCUCUAAUAAAUUUGUUAGUCUCUAAGGUGCCACCAGUACUCCUUUUUCUUUUUGCGAAUACAGACUAACACGGCUGCUACUCUGAAACCUGUUUACAUAUAAUUACAGAACAUACAAUAUGUCCAAUCAGGAGCUGAUAGUAGACUGCCGCAACAUUAUAGGAAAAGAGACCAGGAACCCAUUUCCUUGCUUAUGUGACAGAACAUGUGAAAUGAAUGGGAAUGCAAAGCUUCAUUAAGGAGCUGAUCUAAAGUUGCUGUGUGAGACAGCUGUUUUUAGUUUAACUCUGUUAAUAUUGGUAUUAAAACUUUAAAUGUGUGAUAAAG